CCGGAUGUGCUCUAUGGUGGCAGAAGUACUUCCUGCCCUUUACUGAGGGAGCGCUUGAGCUUCGCCGAAGAGCCAUGUCGGACUCGGAGGAAUAUUCGUCGGAGGAGGAUGAAGAUUACCUACCCUCAGGUGGGCGGCCCGGUCCCCGCGCUCAGGAGAGGACCGGGCCCGGGUGCUCGGUCUCUCCCCCCAAAAAGAGAAUGCCUGGGAGGGCUUCGGACUGGGGUUCCUACGCGCAGAACGCCUCUUACAUCCGGGCUACACGUUGUGUUCAUCACGUGACAGCAGCCCCGGCUCGGCAAGUUGAGCUGUUGAAUGAGGUGGACGGAGUUUGAAGGGGGUGGAAUGGGCUGAACCACUUCAGGCUACAAAUGGAGGAGAGAAAUCAACGUUUCAGUGCUCUCUUAUUGUUGUCGUUUUUAUUUUAUUUUUAUUUGUUGUUAUUAUUUUAUUGCCUUUAUAUCCCACCUUUUUCUCCAAGGAGCUCAGGGUGGUGAUAUUUUCUCCCUCCUCAUUUAAUCCCCACAACAACCCUGCGAAGUAGUUUAGCCUGAGAGGCAGUGACUGACACAAGGUCGCCACUUGUGAGCCUCAUGGUUAAGCGAGGAUUUGAAUCCUGAUCUAUCAGGUCCUAAAAGGUAAAGGGACCCCUGACCAUUAGGUCCAGUCGUGGCCAACUCUGGGGUUGCGGCACUCAUCUCGCUUUACUGGCCGAGGGAGCCAGUGUACAGCUUCCGGGUCAUGUGGCCAGCAUGACUAAGCCGCUUCUGGCGAACCAGAGCAGCUCACGGAAACGCCAUUUACCUUCCCGCUGGAGCAAUACCUAUUUAUCUACUUGCAUUCUGAUGUGCUUUCGCUAGUCCAACACUAACCACCACACUGGUUUUCCAGCGAGAAAAACCCUUUGUAAGUAGAAAGCUAGGGCCACAGAAGUGUUUCUUGCUGAUGUGCUGUUUUUCUCCUUGCAGGGAGCUUUCACCAUUUAAAAAAAUGUUACCUUUAUUUUAGUAACAGUAUUAAAGUGACAUCGCACUAUAAGGCUAAUAACAAAAAUGUUUUUGAAGUUCAUUUUUGUUAGGUUGCUUUGAGUUUAGUUUUUCUGAAAAGACAGCUAAUAAAUAUAAAUAGUAAUAUCACAAUCAUUUUGGUCUUGUUUGAUUUGAAGGCUUAGAAGUCCUACUCUGGACUUGAUUUAUUCCAAUCAAACACACUCAACAAAAAUGCAGGCAGUAGCUUCUCUAAGGGUGAGACAUAAACCUUUUGAUGUGUAAAAGUGCGGUGCACCUCCAAUUUUAAUUUAGAAAAAGAAUAUCUAGGAUUUUACAUUAAGAUAAUAAGGAAUGGUUUCUUUUUGAAGUUGACAUAAAGGAAUGCAAGACCAUGGGAAGGAGUGGAAUAUUGAAUGAUAAGAGUUGGGUGGCCCAGAAAGACCACUGUAGUGCAGAAUACUGCCCAACUGCAAUCCCAUAGGACCCUUUCCCCAUAUAACAUGCAAUCCCAGCCUAACUAUUGCUGCAGGCACAAAAUCUGUUGAAAUGAUUAGUUUUGAUAACUAAAGCUGUGUUGAUAACAGGUGAAGAAUACAGUGAAGAUGAUGUAAAUGAAUUGGUUAAGGAAGAGGAGGAGGAGGAGAAGCCAUCACACAGGGAAAAAUGCAAGAAGAAUUCCAAGGAGAUCACAUGUCGGUAGGCACCAGCUUCAUUUGAUGUCAGUGGAAGUGAGUGAGCAGAUUAAGAACCCUGUGGCUGGCUCUAGGAAUGUACAUAUUUGGUUCUGCUUAUGAAAAAAUAGCUCAGGUCAAGAAUCAUGCCUUCAGAAUAGGUGGAUCCUUAGAGAGUGAUGACAGUGGAAGAGGGAAACUAUCAGUAACACAGCCAGCUCAGCAACAGUUCUCAGCCGGUUCAGCAAGGAGCUGGCUGAGAAUUCCCCCAGUUUUCUCUUUCAUAUCUGCCUAGGUUUUCUUCUUUAUCUGAGAUAGUAGCCAUUAAAAUGGCUAAUUAUACCUUGACUGAGUUUUUCACAUUUGUGUCUCCAUUCUUGUUUUCUUUCAUUGUAGGGGUUGCAGUGGUGCAUGGGAUACUGACAUACUGUCAUUUAUCAAGCUUUCAGUCUUAACUCAUGAUUCCACAUUGCAACUACUGGGCUUUUGAAAGAUCACUUCCGCAAAAGUAUAAUGUAGGCAGUGGAUGUAAAUCAUUUGCUAAUGUGAGUAUGGUUUGGUGAUAUUCAUUCUUAGGAAAAGGAACAAAGGAUGUGGCCUCUUCUUAGAACCAGGUGGAGGAGAGGCAUCAAAGGAUGAUGAAAGCAACAGUGAGGAUGGCGAGUCGACAGAAAGCAAUCCACAUAUGAAAGAAAGUGAUAAAAGACAAAAAGAGGAUGCUUUGUGGGCCAGUUUCCUCAGUGAUGUGGGCCAGAAACCAAAAGCACCUCCUGCAGUUCAGGCAUCUGGCUGCACACAGAAAGACAAGGUGAGAGGGCAUGUGUCAUUCAGGCAUUGCUGUUUGGAGAGGGCCCAAUAGGGGUAGUAUAUUGCCUUUGAUAAUUAAUGUCUGCAAGAUAUUUGGGUUUCCAACCAAUCACUAAUCAAAGACAUCCAGAGCAAGGGAGAUUCCACACAAAUGUCCAACCAGGGGUGUUUGUUGUUGAUUCUUUCUGACUAUCCUGGUUUGCUGUUCCAAGAAAGUAGAUCAGAUUGAUGAUGUUACAGUGGCAUCUCGGUUUAUGAACUUAAUCCAUUCUGGAUGUCCAUUCUUAAACCGAAACCGUUCUUAAACCGAGGCGCACUUUCCCUAAUGAGGCCUCCCACCGCCGGUGCCCUUCCACCAUUCAGAUUCUGUUCUUAGGCUGAGGUAAAGUUCACAAACCAGGACACUACUUCUGGUUUUGCGGAGUUCGUAAACCGAAUAGUUCGUAAACAGGGCUGUUUUAAACCGAGGUACCACUGUAUAGAGAUUACAGUGAGAAAUGGGAGGAGAGAGAGAUGGAGGAAGGUAGUUAAGGUUGAUCAACACCAGUUUUGCCUGGAAAGAAAUUUACAAGUGGAGCCUUGAAUGCCAUUAUUUGCAACUUGGAAAAGUCUUCAGACUACCCUUGCAUAAAUGGCAUUAUAUCAAUCAGGUCUUUAAGUUUCAAAUGAUAGUUCAUUUGAGGUUUGAGAUCUUGGGAUGAAGAGGCAAUUGGUUCUUUUUCAUGACUUUAAGCAGGAAGUAGUUGAACCCAUAACAUCUAGGCAUGAGAUUUGUUGAUGUCAGGAAAUGGCCUGAAGAGGAGGACUGGGGAAUGCAUUCUAUGUCAGACCAGCUUCUCUCCAAUGGAGAGCUAGAGGGGGAAGAAUCGCGCGCCCCCCCCCCCAUCCACAGCAUGUUCAUAAGCACAGAGAGAGAGAAAGAGAGACAGCUGAACAGCUUAGGGAGGAGUUACCCAGUUACAAGAUAAUGACAACAGAACUAGAUGGGAGGGGGAAGCUAGCUGAGACGUCACUUGAGAGUUUGUGAGGGGGACCCCCUCACCACAGACUUGGAGGUCCAAACGUUUCAGAGAGCAAAGGAGUCAGAGGGAAGGAGGAACUUUCCGUUGGUGCCUAAAAUGUUGCAGAAGGCAGGAGGAGGAUUAGUCUAGCCAACUGCCCUCCUUGCGGAGAGCUGUGUAUUUGUGCUUACAACAUGAUGCUAUAAUAAAAGGACUAUAGAUCUAUCCACCGCUUGUUAAUUCUUAUCUGUGAAGCUACUGAAGGGAGAUGAGGACUCUCCACACCUGACAGUUGAGUUGCAAAUCUUGGGGUUCCAGAUCACACUUGUUUUAAUGCUCGAAUUACCAGGGAAGUGAAUUGUCAUUGGAAAAUCCAGAUUAGAUGGGAGUGAAGUUUGAAUGGAAGUGGAAGCUGAUGGCAGAGAAGCUACUGUUGGUAUUGGGCAUGGCAUUGCAAAUCUAGAACAUCUGAACUUUAAUGAACUUGAAAGAGAAUUUGGGCUGGCUCUGACAUUUGACAAAUGUGGUUUCUCAUAAUGUUUUGGUUAGCCAGCUGAAGUGAAGAAUUCAUGCAAACCUCAGGAGGUGGUGGAGGGAUCUGAGAAGAGCAAAGUUGCCAUCACCAAAGUCUUUGACUUUGCAGGUGAAGAGGUGAGGUGAGUUUGGCCUCUUGCCUUUCUAGCCACAAUGAGCCAUAUCCCUGGUCCUUUUUGAGCAAUUGCAUUUAACUGCUUGCCUCAAGUGUGUCUAAAAAUAUCAACAGUAUUUUAUUAAAAUAUGCAUAUCCUUACUUUCUGUCCCAUUAUAGGGUCCCCAAAGCAUCUUAGCAACAUUCACAUGAAGAUUUAGGUUUCAGUAGAACAUAAAAACAAAAACAAAAAAUGGCAUCAAAACAACAAAUGGCAUCAAAGCAACAUAAUGGGUGGAUAAGACAGGACCACCAGAUGUCCUCCAAACAAAAAGGCUAAACAGUGCUGUCUCCAAUGAGUUAUGAAAGGCUGAGGGGGCAGAGAAUUUCACAGUAGGGACACCACUGGCAAAAAGCUCUUGACCCCUGUAUGCAGAUAUUGUGUGUUAGAAGUGACCUUGUGUUGUAUUUCUAAACCAUCUAAUGACUAGAGCUGGGGUCAGCAAACUUUUUCAGCAGGGGGCCAGUCUACUGUCCCUCAGACCUUGUGGGGGGCUCGACUAUAUUUUUAAAAGAAAAAAAAAUGAACGAAUUCCUAUGCCCCACAAAUAACACAGAGAUGCAUUUUAAAUAAAAGCACACAUUCUACUCAUGUAAAAACACCAGGCAGGCCCCACAAAUAACCCAGAGAUUCAUUUUAAAUAAAAAGACACAUUCUACUUGUGUAAAAACAGAUUCCCGGACCAUCCGCCAGCCGGAUUUAGAAGGCGAUUGGGCCGGAUCCAGCCCCCGGGCCUUAGUUUGCCUGCCCAUGGACUAGAGUAUGUUGGCAAGUUCAUAUAAGAGGAGACAAGUCUUCAUAUAUUCAGGCCCACAACAAUUACCUAGUGAUAUAACAUUGACCCAGGGCCAGGAACUGGAUAAAAAUUAACUCUGCCUUGUCAACAGGAGCUGCUGCACAACAACAGAACCUUGCUUCUGUUUCAUGCUGUGUAGCUUCAAAAUUCCCAUUGCUUGUCUGGACUUUUUCCUGCAUUGAUAUAAAAGUGGUCUAGACACCCCCCUCCCCACAUUAACCACUGAAAGAUCUAAAGAGAAAACUCUUCUCAGCAAAAGCGAACAAUAAUUUCUCAUCCUGACACAGAUAACACUAAAUGUGUUAUAAGCCCCUGCACUGAUGUAAAUUGAAAGAGUGUGCAGUAAUUGAACCAGUUCUUUUGCUUAGGAAUUAAUCUAUCAGGCCAUCGACUGUAAUUAACGACCAGAAAGAAAAUCUGAAAGCAAUGAGACAGUCUCAUCAACAGCCAAUAUUCUAGAUGUCUGCUCUGACAUGAGAAAUUAUGGAGGUUCCAAAGUACCUCACCCUUUGCUUAAGCCUUCCUGGAAAAUGCCAGAGACUUUCGUAUCUCAUUAGAGAAAGGAGCAGAAGAGUUUUCCGGAUCAAACCAAGGGCUCAUCCAGUCCAGCAUUCUGCUUCCCACAGUGGCCAGCCAAAUGCCUUGUUGAAGGGAAAAAGCAGGUUUUAAAGGCAGUAGGUCUCCUCUGAUGUUUCUUCUCAGCAUUGCACCAUACAGACAUAAAAUAACCAUAUGACAGGGUACACACAGGUCCCGCUUUCUGAACACAAUAGGUUCAUAGGAAAUCGUUCCUUAUGCGAGCAUUUGCAUAAGAAGCUGAUGAUUUCCAUUACUUCCUAUGGAAACAUUUCUAAUGUGUGAUUUAUCUGUUGUCUCUUCCCUUCCUCCCCCCAUGGUUUGUGCCUGAAGCGGCUGCUGCCAAUCUGCAAAAGCCAAACAAAGGAAAAACGGAUUAAUCUGAUCUCUCCCUCCCUCAGUGUUUUCUGCCCAAAAUGGCUGCCCAUGACCAGCAAAACACAAACAAGUAUGGAAGUGAGCGAACUCCCGCUGUCUGGAUAUCUGAACUAGCCAUUAGGGUAUAAUUCUUUGUGAUUGGUUAACUGAGAUUUUGAAUAACAUGUGUUCCAAUAGCAGGACCUGCAUGUACUGGUAAUUGUCCAUUUUGACUAGUCUUUAUCUAGUUUAUAUGUUCUGUCCUGAUUCCAUGGGAAAAAAUCUUUCCGGGUUGGACUCCUAUCAGGGAUGCUGCCAAGUUGCAGUUUAUAAAUAAGAGUGUUUCUACUGUUGCAAACCAGAACUCUGCAAAUAUACCCUAUACUUACUACAUAUUCCAUUUAUGAACAGUCAAAAACCAAAUGAAACCUGCAAUUCUUAGCAUACCAGUGCUGAUUGGAUUUUUAUCCAAACCUUGGCCAUUCUCCAAGACCUCUAUCGUCAGUCCCAAAAAGAAUUAAUACAGCUCCCAACUGAUCUUAAUUUAUAUUUGCUGUAACAAUUACUCCGUUAGACACAGUAAAUGUAAUAAAUUGGAACUGGAAGCAGAUGCCAUUUAAUUGUCAGUGACCUUAUAAAUGAGCAGUCAGGACUUGGUAUUGCUUGUAGUGUUUUGUUGGGAUCCUUAUUGCACAUUGGUUACCUGUGGAGGGGUUGGCUAGAUGGGGAGUACUUGGGGGAGGCUUUAGUAAAUAGCCAGUUCAGUGUGAAUCAGUAGCCUGAUGGUAUGGUUUAAAGGGCAAAUGGCAUCUCAGCUUUCUUAAGACACAUUGUUCCAGGGCUUGGCAAGUAGUAUUGUUACUGAUGAGACUUGCAUUACGCAUAGAUUACCUGAGCCUGUAAUUCAAGAAAGAUAUUGACAGACUGAAGAAUAUUCCGAAGAAGAUAAGAUACCUUGAAAGCACAUUAUAUUUGGAAGAAACUUGAAGGAACUGUUCAUGUUUACCCUAAUGAAGAGGCCACAGGGAGGGAGUAUGUUGACACUUCAUGUGUUUAGGAAGGAAGGGAAUCAUUGUUCGCCAGGUCCACUGAGGAUACUCCAGGAAGUAACAGGUUUAAAUAACAGGAAGGUAGAUUUCGGUUAAAUGUUGAACAGAACUUCCUAAGUAGAUGAUCACUUCAGCAACACCACAAAAACCAUCGUUCUAGGGAUAUUGUAGAUUCUCCUCCAAACUUUUUGAAGAUGGUGUCUGUUGAGGAUGCCAAAGCAAUAGAUUUUGAACUGAAGAAACUACACUGUCAUGGAUGAAGGAAAAAAUGACUGCAUAAAAAUGGGUUAGAUAGCAUUUUUCCUGGACAUUUUCUUGGUAGGAAUUAAAUUUAUGAACGACUUUUGGAAUUAAUAUGAAAAAGCUGUAUAUGAAUUAGUCUGUUAGCUGUGACAGCUAACGUUGGUAUGUUCACUGGCCAGUAACCAGAUGCUGUGGAUGAACUUUUUUUUUUAAAAAAAUAAUUUUUAUUAAGUUUCAUAUUACCAAAUUAAACACAUCAAACCAAUUAAUCCAAAUUAUAACAAUACAUAUCAUGUAAUCCAAUUGUUUUUCAAAUUAUAAAUUUUUGUGGGGGGUACCCAUGCUUCUUGAUCGGCAGGAGUCCAAUCCUCGAAUAUUUGUGCUGCUUUCAUCUGAAGAAUGAUAUUUCCAGUCCCCUCUUCUCAAUCCUUGUCAUUACUCAUUUUCCUUUUCAUUCACCUCUGAGUUGCUCCGCAAGUGGGUUGAAAAAACAGUCUUAUUUGUGUUUCUGUGUGGGCUUUAUACUGCUCUCUCGGAAAUCACUCUCAUCCAAUAGUCCAGGCAUUUCCGCUCGAGCUAGCAAUCGCCAUUUUGUCGUUCCGAUGAAAUACAGUCUAAAAGCUCGCUCUUUAACUUUCCCGACCUGUUGCAUCGUAAAUUAGUCUUUUUCCAGGAGGGCUGCCCCUUCCAGAUCGCAAUCUCCUCGAAAAUAAUAAAUCUUCGGCUCACCCUCCCCAAGACCAAACCUCCUGCAACACAGGUCUCGUAUCACAUCUCCAUUCUAACUGCAUCACAAAGAGAGCCCUUCUUCUUUCCAAAUCCUUCACAGAGUAAAACCUUUAAGUUCAUAUUAUUCCCACACAAUUCAUUUUUAGUCCCAUUUGCAAUUAGUUGCUGUGACGGAUCUUCUAAGAGGGAGGGUUAUUAGUUAAUCACAUAGAGCAAAAAAAUAAAAAGUCAUUUCCCCCUCCCUUUCAGUUCCAUUGCAUUCCAUUCCACAUACCAUGUCUGUAGUACUUUGAUGUAAUCUUCCGUCUCAGUCUUCUUCAUUUUGAUGGUAAAAUUGUUAGCAGAUAAAAAACACCUGCCUCUCUUGAAGCAUGUGCGUUAUCUUUCACCAAUUUUUUUCCUUUUAAGUAACGCAACUAGUUUCGCACCUGGAAGCAGCUUCGGAGGAGUUCCAAGGCCCGCCGAGGGUUGUGCACCCAGUGCCUCACCCCCUCCUUCUUCCGAACUCGGGGGUGAUUUAUGGCAACAGCGGGUGAAAACUGCAUCUCUCCCCCCUGGAGAGAUGAAGGGAGACUGAUUUACUCCCCAUAAUCAGUCUCUAAUUACCUCGUGCGGGCUGGAUAGAUGUUAAUAUCCGCCAUCUUCCAAGGUGCCCCUAGCGGCCCCCCGAUGCUGUGGAUGAACUGGGUGGAUACCACAAUCGUGCUCUGCUUGUGGGAAAUAUUAGCUCCUCGAGGCAUCUGACUUGCCACUAUUGAAAAGAAAGUGCUAGGCCUUUUGUCUUAUUCAGCAGGAUAAUUCUUUCAUUCCUAGGGUCUUUUCCAGUAUGCCUCUAGAAGUUUGAUGCUUGGUGGUGGUCUGUUGCUUAGCUGAGAAGAAAUGUUUUAAGAGGGCUGUGCAUCUUCAAAGCAGAGCUGCUGAGAAGAAUCACCCAGUGAACUUCAUGGCAUACCAAGAACUUGAACCCAGGUCUCUGUAAUCAUUGCAACGCCACACCGCCUCUCACAACUUUAUGGCCACCAGCUGCCUCUAUAGUUUCUGCUCUGCACACGUGUUCCAGCUUUAACAUAUGGCUUUGGUAUUCUUCCCUCUCCUUGUGGCAGGGUCACAAAGGAAGUCGAUGCUACGUCUGAAGAAGCCCGGUUCUUUCUGAAGCAGCAAGAGCAGAAGACUGUCGUCCCAGCAUCCUCGCCUACUGUUUCUGGGUAAGCCCUAGCCACCUGGUCCUACAGUUCCAAAGCUUCUGUGGACAUUAGAAUUCUGCUGGGAGAUUGUAAUGCUUGCAUCUUUGGUGUCGGCAGGAUCUUGGGACCUCUGUACUCAUCAAUGAGUUGCGUGGAUUCUAGUUGUGAGACUUUCCCUUGCUCCAGUCACCCUCGGGGGAAGUAAAUGAAUGAAUGAUCCAGGCAGGGUUUCCCGAAGUUGGGUCUGUAGCUGUUUUGGGGCUACAAUUCUCAUCAUCCCUGACUACUGGUCCUGCUAGCUAGGAGUGAUGAGAGUCUAAAAACAGCUGGAGACCCAAGUUUGGGAAGCCCUGAAGUAGAUCAUUCUUGCCAGGGAGGAAGGAGGGUUCACACGCAAGUCACAGUGAGCUCUCAUCCAUGAAAGAACCUGAGGUCUGCUUCCAUUCUCCUUGAGAGGACAAGUGGCCCCUGAAGAGGUUCUAUGGCUGCACACAAUAUUCUGGCUACUUCCCCCUUGAGCUGAAGUGCAUUGUUUCUGCCCUUCUCUCUUGUAUUCUGUCUUUCAAGCUGAAGUUGCAAGCUUGACAAUUUGAGGCCGUUGCAGAAAGUGCUUCCUGGUCUUAAUAAACAGUAACCAUACAAAUGGGGUGAGAGUACUUGACAAGAAGUUGUGAUGGUAAAACCAGACAUACAAAAAGCAUAAAUAGCCAUAUCAUUCCAUUGUGGUGGUGGGGAGUAUAAAAUCCACAGUAGGACAAUUUUAUUAGGACCAACCCAAAUCACUCUAAAUGUCUUCAAGUUCUCUAUUGUUUUAAUUAUUUUGAAAUAUACUCUCAUUGUUCUGGGUUUGUGUGUAUUGCUGUAUUUUGUUUUGGUAUGAUUAGCUGGUCAUGCUCUCUGUAUAUCAACCAUGAUAGCUGCAGGGAUGAAGGGUGAUAUAAAAAUAUUUUAAAUGGUAGAAUGUUGAGCAAACUUUUGAAUUCUGCAGAUUUCUCCUUCAAGCUGGAUGAUAGGCAAGAUGGGAUGCUCAAACCCCCCCCCCCCCAAUAAAGUGGGCAUGCCAUUAAAGCAAUGUCAUUUGCAGGUUGAAGCAGAAAUGUAAUAAUUUAUUUAAUAACACAAUAUGCCAUUCAGUAUAAACAUUCUCAACCAUAAAACAGUUGUAAAAUAAGUGUUAUAAAGUUAUGCAUUGACCCCAAGACUGAAGACAGUGUUUGACACCUAAGGUUAUAAGUUUUACUCUGAGUAGACCCUUUGGGAUCACUGGACUUCGGCUGUAUUCCAAGCACAACUCUACUUCUGAGUAGAGAAGCUUAAGCUUGUGCUGUAAUAAGGCCAGUUGACAUCAAACAAUCAACUUAACUUAGAACAACCUGUAAAGAGCAGAUUCGAGAAUUGCAUGCCACUGGACUCCCAUAUCAAUGAGCAUUUACCCCAUUUCUAAACCAGCCUUCCAUCACUUAAGAUCCCAGGGUGAUUUUUGCAACGCAAAUAUUAACAAUACAUAUAGAACAACUGAAAGCCAUGUAAUGUUUGGUUUAUGGAUGCAGGCAUCUGGGCGACAAAUUCCUGUCCUGCUAAAGCCUGCACAUAACUCCAGGCAGGGGUCUUGAUGGAGCUGAUAGCUCUUCAGUUCCAUUGCUGCGUAGUAGUUGAAUCACACCUGCACUGUGGACCUGCUGCUACACAGUGUGAAGGAUUCCUUGCUAAUAGUUAAAUGAAAUAUUCUCAGAUGUUGGGUUUUAAGAUGAAGGAGUUUGGUUGUGGGUUGGGAAAGUUCCACCUGCCCCCUCUCCCUGCCAUGCUGUAAUCCUGGCAGGUCUGAUUGUUCCCACCAUUCAAGCUGCAUUAGCCAGCGCACAGUGACUCCACUUUGGGAACAAAGAUUCCAUUUUCAGUCUAGAUUUCCCUGCUUUUGUAACCCAAAUUCAGUGUGCUAAUCACAGCAGAGGCUAUGAGAAAACAGCUCCGGUAGCAAUAUUGUUAGAGCCUGGCCUUUCUGUUUGGGCUUAUUAUAGAGUUGCUUGCUGUUAAUAGCAGCCUUGGUCUCUCACUCUCAUCUUGGUGUUUUCCAAAAUGACAGCCCUGAGUUUGUGACCUCUGUGGCCUCUUGUCACCUCCCAGGUUGCUGUGAAUUGUCAGCAGGUGAAAUUCAACUUUAAAGCAAGUUGGGCAGCUCCCUUUUCCUUAAGCAUGGACUGGAUUGAAGGGUCAGUCUUACAUAAGUUGAAUCAAUGCAUCAGAUCAGUGGCCUGUUACAAGAUGCAUUCCUUUCUAGCAUUUGAGGGGUAAAGACAGAAAUGCAUCCUUGCUUCCAGGAGCUCCCUUGAAGCUUUGGUUUAUGUAUCUCUUUUGGUCUUCACCCUGCUUUGUGCUGAGAAUUCAGGAACCACUCCAAGAGUUAUAUUGGAUCACCUAAAGAGGUCAUGGGGUAAUCGAAGCCUUCUGCUGUAGCUGGAGGAGCCUCUUGUUUUCUCCUGUAUAUAUGCUGAUGCUGCCGUCUGUCUCAGAGCAGAAAGCUCUUCAGGAAACAGCCUGGGCUGGGAUUGUAUCCUUCAGGGGCUGGGCUGUGUCUGGCUCCAUGAAAAGAUGGCCACAUUUCCUGCUGUCAACAUCCACUUUCAAUGCCUGUGUUAAUUCUGCUGAACUGCUGCUUUCUUUCCUGGUGGCAGGGGGGCAGUAGAAAAGAGGUGCAGAAUCUGUGGCUGGGCUGCAGCUUCCAUCAUCCCUGGGGGUGUCAGCCCCAAAACCUUCUGUCACAGGGAUAUCAUCAUGUUUAUAGACUUAAUUUUGGAGCAAUUUGAAAUAUUAUCUUUUGGCACUAAGGCAUGUGGUGAGAUCAAAGUGUGGUCCCUGUUUGUUUGCAAGAGAGUCCUCUUCAGCACCCAUGGAGCGGGAAGCUUCAGGUUUUUGGUGUGGAUAGAUAUUUUUUUAAUGGAUCACAGCCACCAGGGGGUGCAGAACCACUCUGAGCCAUGAAAUCAGUUACUGUCCAGGUGAUGUCAUUUCGUCUACAGAUUUAAUAGCAAUUAGAAAACUCUUUGUCAGGCUAGAAGGGGCCUCAUUCCUCUGCGUGUCCCUCCAAGAGCUCUAACAGCUUUUCAGAGGCCAGCUGCUCCAAAAGUCCCACAGCCAGUUUGAGUAGGCUGCUUUCCAGACAAAUCACCUUCUUCUUUGCUCUCUGUGUGCUGUGUUGUAGUUCCUAUUAGCCUGCUGCAUCACCCUGAGAGCUCACGUCAAGAGGAGGCCUCUUGCUGAGAAGACUGCAGCCCUUUCAAAACACUUGUCUGCUAGCAGCUAGAAAUGCCAUUAAAUGGAGUGGAGACCUGGAGUCUCAACCAAAAGCCUGAAUGCUAGACUUCUGGGCCAACACUUAGCUCCUGUGUGCGUGGCGCUGCUUAGUCCCAUUUGCUCCCCUUCUUUGGAAGGGAUAUGGCUGGAAGCACACCCCUGUUCCUGAACAAAUCUUAAUUUGGCUGCGCAGGCCAGCGGCCAGCUGUGGAAGCCAUUUCCUGUGGUUUGAGACAUGGAUGCUUCUUUCUGCUGUUUUUGGUGGAAGCAGUGCUCUUUCUCUGGAUUAGCACUCCCCCACUCUCCCUGCAAUCCCAGGGAUUUAGACCCUUCUGCUGUGAUGCUGCGUGUCGAUUCCACGCCAGACCCAGGCAAGGCGUAGCCGUUAGGAGGAAGCUGAUUGGGCCAGGCCUGGAGGGGGAGGGGCCAGGCAGGGAGCAUCUGUCCUUCAUUUAGCUGCUCUGUGCUUUGUGGAGGCUGGGAGGGAGCACAGCUGCAGAGCACCAAUUCUGCAGGCACCAGCCAAAAGGGGAGCUUGGAGCAGCUCUGAAAAAUGUGCCUUGGAACAAAAUAUGGCUCCUGUAACGGCAGGCGUUUUGCCCUGAAGCACAGCGGUGCACUUUGAAAAGAGCAACGCUGGCUUGGUUGAGAACUUUUUUUUGGGGGGGGGGCGUGCAGGGAGAGCGACAAGGGACUUGGAUUCAGGAACCAGCCAGUCUCAGUAAAAGUUGGAGCCCUGUGCUGUACGCUAGACCAGAAAAGUGUCCUCUUUCAGCAACCAGGCCCUUCAGAUGUUGAGUUCUAAACUUAUUAUCUCAGCUGUGAAAGUCCAAUGACUAGCCAUGGUCUUAAACAGCAGCUGUUUGGCAGAGGAUGAGAGUGAGAUCCUGAUGAUAGUCGCUGUGCUGCUCAUGAGAAAGGGCUUCUCGUGUUACCUUGGGCAGGUCACUCAUUGGGCUUGUUUUCCAGGCAGGGCACGUUUCCCAUCUCGCAAGUGCCAGAGACCUCUUUCUGGGAGACUGGCUGUCCUCGGGCUUCUCAUACCUUUUCUCAGCACACCUAAUCACACAGGAUUGUGCGGAGGAUAAUAAAGAAAAUGGGGAGAGACAGGGGUGCUGAUCUGAGGAGCUGGGAGAAGUGGUGAAAUUAAAAACGUUACAAACUAGGGGUGGCUGACCUAUGGCCUUUCAUAUAUUUCUGGACUCCUUCUCCCAUCAUCAUCCCUGCCAUCUGACUAGGGCUGACUCUGCCCACACCUGAAAGUCCACAGGUUACAAGCAAGAAGGGCCACAGGUCAGCCACCCUUGUUACAAGCAAGCAUUUAGCCUGGCUGUUGAACUGAACAGAGACAUCUGGAUUGUGUUUCAAAUUUUGCACUAGCUACACAGGCAGCAAGGAGUGCAGAAAGAGUGAGAGUGUAUUGUUGUACACCUUGAGGCCCUGAAUUUGGACAGAAUCUUGAAAACAAAAGGGAUGGAAAAUGUUUUCCUCUGACUCAUUGUUUUCCAGUAAAAUAUCCUGAAUGCUGGCCUUAGCCGUCCAUGGUUCUUUCCCCUCAGCCUUAGAAUGCAAGUCGUUUCCGCUCUGACUUCUCAGAAUGGCCCCUGAUUGGCAGAAAGGAAGUUAUCCCAGGAAUGCAAAUAAACUGCAAGCUGGAGACUCUGCUGACGGGGUUGAUGGGAGUUUGCAAUGCCGUUUCCACGUCUGCAGUGACAGAUCUGCAGAGGCCCCAUUAAGGCCGUGUGGCGUUUCCUGCACACCCUGGGAGUUGGAGGGCCAUGCUGUUUCGUUACUUAAGGGCUAGAAUUUCCCACUGGGCAGAUGGCUGUGAUGUAGACUCUUUUCCAGGACUGGGCCUCAUUCAUUAGGAGACUUCUGCUGUCCAAAGAACUGGCUUCAGAAACUCCAGUGACAUUUGAGAAGCAGUGGAGGAUUCUGCUUUCGUGGUGCUCGGAGCAAAGGAAAGGGAGGCCCAAUAAUCAGUGUUCAGACGUUCUGCAUUUUUUGUAAAGCCUUCCCACGGCACUCCAAAGUUGUGUGUUGGCAAGGGAAACUGACUGUGCACCUGUGGGCACUUAAUAGCUUCGUGACUCACUUCCUUGUGGAAAGUUGGAGAGGAAAAAGUAAAAAGUUUUGUUAGCUGCAGGCAGACUUUUGACAUUGUUAUCAUAAGUGCAUAUAUGUGGCAAUAGUUUUAUCAGAAUGGACCAUGGGAGGCACUUUGGUUCAAGAGCUAGAUGGACUUUUGGAUGGUGAAGCCUCUUUGUGCUAUGGAUUAUUCUUCUCUCUGUGCUCCAUUUGUAAAAGGAAGCAAAUGGGAGCCUUGUUUGUGGGGUGGUUGUUGUGGCUACAUUUUAUUUAUGUGCUGUUUUUUGGCCCAAAGCUAUGAGCAGCAUAUUGAAAUUAACUGACUAUACAGUAGAGUACAGUAAAAUGCUGUAAAGAAAUCCACAAACAAUUGAUAUAAGACACCAGAGUAGCAACCUAGGAGGGCCAGGGGAAGGCCUUCCCAAGCUCUUGGAUUAAAGGGUGCUCUCACCUAUCAUACAUCCCCACACACGUGGGGGCUAGAAACCUGAAUAGACAAGACCCUGGGGAGCUGCGGUUGGGUAGAGCUGUAGGUAGCACUGGGCUAGAGACUCCAGUGACCUAACAUGUACUCCGACAUACACUGGGGUUUCCUAAUGCUAUAACUGAGAGGAGGACUUCAGGCUCUAUGACCUGAACAAGUCCAGUGUAUAAUUGUCUGGAUGCAUUCAUCAAGUGUUAGGUUCUCAAGAGAUGCUGUGCAGAUGCCUUCAGCCAUCUUCCUCUUCUCCAAGGGUCUUAGAAGUAGUGACCAUAAUACUUAAGACUUUAUAGUGUACUUUAGCAUGUUCAGAUGGUUUUGCAUAUAUUCUCCAGUAAUCCUUAACAACAGCCCUUUAAGUAGACUGGUAUUAUAUCUCCAUAUUGGGAAGUCACCAGCCUGAUUCACUCUUCAUGUCUUAGGCUAUGACUCCCAUCAGCCCCUGCCAGCAGCUCUGAUGGGAGGUGUGGUUCAAAACAUCUGGAGGACACCAGGUUGUGAAGACUGGUAGAGAGUGCAUUGGUGGCAGAAAAGAGAGUUGAACCACAGCUCAUUCCCUAAACUGCUGAGCUGCUGCAGAUAAUGACGGCUUAGGCCCACCUGUAGGAAUUUUCACCUGCAAGGGGAAGAGCUGCCAGGUUGCUGGACUCUGGAGGAGCUCUGCAUCCCCCACUUGGGCUCAUCUGCCUUGUUUUGCUGGGAUUUCCUUGAACCUCCCUUGUAACCUGCCUUCUUGUCUCUGCCAGAGUGAAGCGGCCGAGUGGCAUGAACAGCCUCCUGGGGAAGAUAGGCACCAAAAAGCAGAAGCUCAGCACCCUGGAGAAAUCCAAGCUAGACUGGGAGACCUUCAAAGAAGAGGAGGGCAUCGGGGAGGAGCUGGCCAUCCACAACCGAGGGAAAGAUGGGUAAGAGGGCAGCAUCCUCCAGCAGGCAUAGCAGCAUAUCUUUUCCAGGGUUUUGACAUUUGUGGUUCUUUCCACAAACCUUGAAACUUCAGAUAAAUACUUCAAGCAGGGAGCAGAUUCCCAGCUGCCCCUUUGGUCUGGCACUGCCUGUCCCUGUGACAUCAGGGGUGGGCAGUUUUUAAGCUGGUAUCAACUGUGUGUUUUUGCUGGAAGUUUAAGGUCCACCAGGCAGAGCCUGGAAACUGGCCAGUGGAACAACACAAAGUUAUAUUUUAUAGGACUGGAAUAGAGAGACCUAUAAUGCAGUUAAAUUGGGAAUUAGAAACCCUUGCUGAGCUAAUGCAGAUCGCCCAGGAAUGUACCAAUAAUAGAUCCCGGGGCACCCCAGUGUACUCCACACACAUCUCACCACCAGUGUAUCUGCAGUGAGCUCCAAGUUUGUGAAACCAGAACACUCUUGUUCUGACCUGGUCUGGUUUUGCAAGAGAUGAGGAGGAUCUACACACACAGAGAGAGAGAGAGGGAGAGAGAGAGAGAGAUUCUUCAGCUCAUUAUGGUGUUAUGUAGGGCAGGCCCCACAAGAAAUGCCCCUUUGGUUUUGAUCUGUGUGCCUGGCAGUAUGUAGGACAGGCCAUGUGAGAGCCCUGGGGUGUUUGCGGGAGGAGAGAUAGGUGGCCUUGUGCUGCCCCACUGAGUUAUGGCAAGGGGUUGAUGAGGCACAACUGAAGGUUCCACAAAAAUGCACUUGAUUUCAUUCGUGCUUGUCUCCAGUGUCAUUAUUGGAAAUUAUUUAUAGCUUGCAAUUAGUUGGACAAUUUGGGUUAUUUUGUUGGGGAAGGAAAGUCAAGUGAAGGACUUUAGCUCUGCCUGAUCCUUAAUCUUUCCCACUCUCUUAAAUCCAUGUGCAAAGUUGUUGCCCAAGACAUGUUGCACGUGGAAUGGGCUGCAAGAACUUACUGGCGACAUGGGAGCACCAGUGCCCACCAUCUGCCAGGGGAGCCUUGUGCAACAAUGACUGCCUGGGGCUGAAAAAGCAAGGUGGCACUUGAGGCAGUGAAGCCCCUGCAAGGGCAGCAGCAACAUAGUUUAUUUCCUGGUGUCAAACUGGAGGCCAGACUGGCUUGUGAUUUGGUGUCUCUGGAGCUAACCCACUGCCUCCUUCUCUGCAGGUACUUGGAGAGGAAAGCGUUUCUGGAGAGGGUUGACCACCGGCAGUUUGAGCAUGAGCGAGACAUACGCCUGAGCAACAUGAAACCUUGAGACUGCUGCAGAGCCCAGUCCGAAUCAUGCCUCUGAACUGGCUAGCCUCAGAAGGCAGCAACUCAUAGAGUUAUGACCUAUAUGGAUUUUCUUUUUCACCACACUAGUGAAUAGGUGAAUGGAGGUCGCUGUGGCAGGUGAUUUGCCUGCCAAAGGGCUGCUGUGUGCAGGAGACACCAGAGUGGUUCUGCUGGGCGCUUGUCAGCAGCUGCGGUGGAGGUUUUCCAGAUCUCCCUGCUCCUGGCGGUUAGGAGGGGCAAAGCAAUCUUUAUGCUGUGGCAGUAGCCUGCUCAUGCCCGCUGCCUGGGCACCACUUCCCUGGGGCAUCAGCUCCAUGGGUCUCCCAAGGGCUGCAGACUACAGAGCGCCUCCGUGCAGCUGGAGGGCUUUUCUUCCCAAGGACACAAUGCACGCAUGCAUUGUGUCUGCAUUAGGCCCAUUGACCCACUUUCUGAAGACACUUCCUCUUCUCCCUGUGGGAUCUCCGCUGUCGUUUUUUCGUAAACCCUUUCACCAGGAUUUUUUUUAAAAAGCAAGUCCUCUGUCAUGCUCUGCACGAACAUCGGAGGAACAGCAGCGUGCAUGUGAGGAAAGUCGGCAUCCCUUUGUUCCUUUGAAUAAAGUGUAAAAACUUUA